AUGGACAAGGCACUGUUUGAAGAGCUUGAACCAGAAACUCAGGAAAGAGUCAUGCAAACAAUACGCGAAGACUCAAAUACAGACUAUGACAAACUCUUUCUAGGAUAUAGGUUACCUGAGAUGGGCGACCAGAGCCAAAAGGCAAAAAGGACAUGGGAAAUUUGCAACAUACUAGAUGAACAUAAUGCAAAGAUGCAACAACUUCAAGCAGAGGGCAAUGAAGGAAAAAGAAGAGUUAAAAACUCAGUCAGGAAGAAAGUAAAGCUUGGUCCACGUGGGUUCUAUUAUGACAUAUAA